UAUGUGUGUGAACUUGUGUUGAUUUUGUCCGUGCGAGUAAGCGAGAUAGCAAAAGGGGGCCGCGGGGGCUGGCCACAGCCACAGAGUUUCGAUUUUCCAUCCAUAUAUCUACACUCGCAGCGGAAACAAGAGAGAGAGAGAGCGUGAGAGAGGAGCGCCCCGUCUGGUCUGGGCACAUUUUACCACACUGCGUCUUUGUCUGCCGUCGAGUCGGGAGCUCCGCGUCUGCAUACAUACAAUAUUUUAUUGCUGGUUUUGGUGGUAAAUUUGCAUUGUUAACGGCCGCGGCCAGACGUGCCCCGCUUCUUUAACACACACGUCUCUCAAACGAAUACCGAUCAUCAAGUGUUUCCCCUAUUGACUCUCGUAUAUAGCCACACGUAAAAACCAAUAAAUAGCGAUACUGAUACCGAAAGCAACUAAACCGAAAGUGUAUACUAAAUACAUGCCCGUAUGUACCACAUAAGACUGCCAUCUGCCCCUUGCGUUGCCGUGCCGUGCCGUGCCGUUGACACUUUUGUAUCUGGCCGUAUUCGUAUCUGUAUCUCAAACUCACUGACCAACUACUGCAAGCGCAAAUGCAAAUGUAAUCUGCAAAAUGCAAACUGCACACCUGAAUCUCAGCGCAAGUCUUAAACGUUUAAUCCUCGAACUGCCUACAAUACCAACCAACCUAUCAGCCAUCCUGAGCCAAUCAACCAACCAACCUAUCAACGGUCUACCGCAACUGGCAAACCAAACGGCUUUAGUUUCUGUGUGAUAACAAGAAAAGCGCAAAGAAAGCUCUCGCCCAGUCGAAAGUCGAAUAGCAACAGCAGUGGCAUCCACAACAGCAGCCGCAGCAGCAACAACAACAGGCAGCAGCAACAACCACAGGCAGCAGCAGCAGGAACAACAGUGCGGCAGCAGCAUCUGCAGCAACAACAGUGCGGCAGCAGCAUCUGCAGCAACAACAGUGCGGCAGCAGCAUGCUGAACUCGAAUGCCACCGGCGGCAACAACAACGGCAACAAUCAUGGGGGCAGCAGCCGUCGGCCCUUUACCCGCAAUUCCUCAUCGGUCCGCUCGCAACGCGGCGGUGGUGGCGGGUUGGGCGGUCGCAUGGUCUACUCGCCACACACACAUCCGCAUCCGCACGCCCAGCAGCAGCAGCAACAACAGCAACAGCAGCAGCAACAGGGGCAGCAGCGGUCCAGCAACAACGGCAACAACAACCUGUGGCUGGGCAACAGUCCGUGGUGCAACGUCAAUUUGAACGGUGGCAACAACAAUAACAACGGUGGCAACAACAACAAUAACAACGGUGGCAACAUCAACAGCAACAACAACGGCAACAAUGUCAAUAACAAAGAUGCAAACCCAAAUUGCGAUGUACAAACAAGUAAUUCUAGCGGAACUUGUAUUUAUAACAAUAGCAAAGCGCAUCAUCAUCACAACAACAGCAACAACAAUGGUCACACUCAGAGCCACAAUCACACUAACCAUUCCCCCCACCAAGGUCACAAUCACCCCCACCACACCCAAAUGCACUCACCCCACCACCCGCAUUCGAGUUCACCACAGCAAUCAAACAGUUACCGCCAAUACCCACCGCAUUCCUACUCCCCCAACUCCCCACACAGCAACGGCCAUACAAACAGCAAUGCUAGCAACAAUCCCAUUAGUCAGCGUAGUAAUCCCCAAGCCCACCCCAACCAGAACCAAAAUUCCCAUUCCAAUUUUUACGAGAUGUGUACGGGAAGUAGGGGAUCCCACACCUAUGGAUCCAUGUCCGUUUCCCUGGUGAGACUGAAUCCUGCCCGUUUGUGCCUAACGCUUGGCCCUGUCACGCCACCCGCCCAGCGAGUAGUAUCCUUUGGCCACCGAUCCCAUUCCAAUUCCAGUUCCAACUCCAGUUCUAGUGAUCAGAAUCAGCAUAACCCGCCGCCACGUAGUCAAAACCAUCACCCCAAUCCACAUCAUAGUCAGUACCAGUACCAGUACCAGUACCAGUACCAAUACCGAUACCAGUACCAUCCGCCACACCAGUACCAUCCAUUGCAUAGCCCACAGCAACAGACUAAUCGCCAAUCCCUUCCGCUAACACGAACGAAUUCAAAUUCAAUCAACGCAACAACUUUCAAUUCAACCAAUCCAACAACAAAUAGUAAUCCUACUGAUGUUGUGAAUGUAAAUUCUUGUACCGAUAUAAUUCCUCAUGGGCCUUCGUCAUCGUCUUCGUCUGCGUCUUCGAUGCUGCCCCAACAACAACAACAUCAAAUUAAUAACGCAUCCGCACCCAUCAAUAGCCACAGCCAAGGUCAAGGUCCCGGGAACUCCCCCAAUCUUGGCCACAAUCACCAACGUGGCUACAACAACGGAAAUAACAACAACAACAACAACAACCGGGGUAUCGGGAACGGGAUCGUAAAUGGUAAUACCAAUGGACCACCCGAUUAUAUGAACUACCGACGUGGCGUGUGUCCGGCUCAAUCGCGGGACUAUUCCGGCAACGGAAAUGGGAAUAACAACGGACACGGCCACAAUGGACGUCGCUAUAUGCCCGAUAACUUGAACAACCCGUCCUCAUCCAUGAAUGGCCUGAUCAAUUCCGGACACCACCAGCGCAACUACAACGACAGGAACUUGAAUAACCACUUUGGAAACUCCGAACAGAACGGAGGACCCGACCAUCGGGAUCGAGCCGAGGGUUCUUCGUACAACUUUAUGCGCAACGGAGGAGGUAGCGGGGGCGGCGGCUACGGACGCAAUGGAUCGCAUUACCAGCACAUGGCCUAUGGUAAUAACAACGGUGCGUCCACUUCGACCGGCGGACCAGGCCUUAUGGGUGAACUGCCCUCGGGAUCGGGCCUGUCGGGCUCUUCGCUGUCGCUGAACAACGGACCCGGAGGCCUCAACUCCGACAGUCCGUCGCGUAAGCGCCGCCGCAUCUCCGGAAGACCCCAGAACGGACCACAGCCCCAACACCGUUGUCCGAUGGCACACAUGCAGCAGGGAAGUCCGCCACUUCGACGCCCGCGGUUGCGCGAUGUGGCUACCUCCACGCAGCAGCAGCAGCAACAGCAGUACGGCCAGCAGGUUCAUCAUCCUCAGCAGCAGCAACAGCAGCCGCCAUCCAACUACCACCCGAUACACCAUCAUCAGCCACAACCGCACUACGUUCCUCAGCAGCAGGUGCCACCGCCGCACGUCCAGCGCUCGCCGUGGGAUUUGGGCGGCAGUGGAGGCAGCUCUGGAGGAGCCACAUCCAGCAGCUCGGUGGGUCCCAUUCUGCAGCAGGUGCAGGCGCCGCCGCAGCCACCGAGUCACCAGCAAGCGGUGGGCUAUCCACCAGCACCGCCACAGCCCGCCUCCCUGAUGGUGGACCUCAAUCUGAACCAGGUGCCAGUGAACCUGCAGUUGCGUCCCUCGGAGCCCUUCUGGGCCUCCUUCUGCACCUAUCCUAUACCGGCGCAGGCAAGACUAGCACCCUGUCACUUGCACGGUGUCUACACGCAGCCAUUCCCCGCCGCCCCACCACCAGGACUGGCCGCUCCUCCACUCCAACAACAGCAUCAGCCACUUAUUCAGGCCCAGCAAAUGAUUUCCCAGGCCACCUUGACCGCCCAGCAGCAGCAGCGGGAUGUGGUGGCCAUUGCUACGGCCAAUCUGGGACCCAUUGAAGCGCCGGGAGCCCAUGGCCAUCCUCACGCCCAUCCACAUGCUCAUCCGCAUGCUCACCAGCUGCCGCCGGGCAUCCACAUCACGCCGCUGAGCGGAGCGGCGGCAGCGGCCGCCACCCAUCAUCUACAUUCCACGGCGGCAGCUGCAGCGGCCGUCGCUGCCAGCGCCCAGAUAACCACCGCGCAGCAGAUCCUCUUCUCGUCGGACCGCCGCACAUUCCCGCCCCACCGCCGCAUACCGCGCUUCUGGACGGCGAACCAUGGACAUCGUCACGUCCUGCCGCCGCAGUCGCUCGCCGCCCACCAAGCUCCUGUGCAGAUUCAGGCUACUUCGGGCAUCAUCAACCCUGGCUUCUUGCUCAAUUUCCUGGCCAUGUUCCCGCUGUCGCCUUACAACCAACAUGAUCUGAGCUCUGGCGACACCAAUGAGACGGAGAACUACGAGGCGCUGCUCAGCCUGGCCGAGCGAUUGGGUGAGGCCAAGCCGAGAGGACUCACCCGCAACGAGAUCGAUCAGUUGCCCAGCUACAAGUUCAACCCGGAGGUGCACAACGGCGACCAAUCAUCCUGUGUGGUGUGCAUGUGUGACUUUGAGCUACGCCAGCUACUGCGCGUCCUGCCCUGCUCUCACGAAUUCCACGCCAAGUGCGUGGACAAAUGGCUGCGGUCGAAUCGCACCUGCCCAAUUUGCCGCGGCAAUGCCUCCGACUACUUCGACGGCGCCGACCAGCAGCAACAGUCGCAGGCAACAGCCGGAGCUGCGGCUGCAUUGAGCAGCACGUCCGGCGCAAGUGCCGGAGUGGCGGGAACUUCCGAGGCUUCAGCGGCCACCGCCAAUCCGCAGCAGAGCCAAGCGGCCUAGACCCGAAACCCUAUUCCACACACCUCCAGCUUUCGCUUUUCCGGGCGAUGAGUGGUCGGAGGACGGAGGAGAUUUCCGGGCGUGGAGGGCUGGUCUGGGGCGGGGGAGCCACCUCCCACCACCGCCAUCACUUGAUGUAACGCGCAACGAAUCCAACUGCCAAACCGUCGACGCUUCCUCCUCAGCUGUAUGCCCCCGCCCAACUGGCCACAAAUAAUGGAUCCACCCGCUCCGCCCCUCGGCCACGCCCACGCGAAACUCGCCGCCUCUUCAAUAGCUUGUCUUAGACAUUAGUUCGUAUGUGAGUAAUGGUAACCGUAAUUAGGAGUAACCCAUAUAUGCGUACCACCAAGAAUUCAACUAUAGUUAAAAAGCGUAUAUAUAUAUACAUAUAUGCGAAGAUAUAUUUGUGUGUGUGGAGAAUGAUAAUGGCGUAAAGCAAGUGUCUGUAUAUAAGCCAAGAAUUGCACAAAAAUUUAACAAUAGAAUUUCUUUGCCUUUACAACUCGAGGAUAUCCUGUAAUCCAUUCAAAUAACUAUAUGCGAACAAAUAUAGUGUAUUCAAAUGCUUGGCAGCGGUCACUCAAAAUCCAGAUGGUUAUGGUUAUGGGGCAUUCAGGAACUAUUAAUCCCCAGGGGCUUUUCGGGACCUUUUGAGGUAUCGGUGCCAAAUCGAAGUGGUUUAUCUUGAAUUGUUGCUGUCCACACGCAUAGCCAUGCAUAGCUCUAUAUUAUAUAGAAUACAUAUUUAAGCAAAGCGAAAUAUUUGUAACUUGGAUUUGUGUUUUCACGCUUUUGAGUUAGGCUUGCGUAUUUACUGCUUCCUCUACGUAAAUACAAAAUAUUUACUACCAUUACAUUUAGUUUUAAUAACAACAACGUACUAUAUUUACCCCUAUACGACUUACAUAAAAACCAGCAUAAAUAUAGUGCAUUGCAUUUUAUACUAAUUGUACGAACUGAACCCACUGAAGAAGUUCUUCUUCUUGCACUAGCAAAAGAAAAAAAAAACAACAAAACCAAACAAAAACAAUGAUAAUGAUAUCCUAUGAGGGGAAAAAAAGAUCGUAUAUAUAUUUUGUUCGUUUCUACUGUUCGAAAAUUAGUAACUAUAAACGGAAGCAACUAACCUUGAAACAUAUAAGCAAUCUUUAAAAUCGACUAAACCAGAUGAACGGAGGACGAUAAGCGUUUCAACAAAUAUACUAUAUAUAGAUGCAUAUAUACACACACACACACACACACACGUACACACACUUACAGGAGGGAAAGCAAACAUAUAAGAAUUUAGCAUACAGGCAUAGAAACAAACAUACAUACAUAUGUAUAUUGGUGGGCUUAUUAAUGUAUUCGUAGUAGAUGUGUGCGUAAUUAAACAUAUUGCAAUCGCUAUGAGAACACAAGUAUCGUAUAUCGUACCUAGACUUUUCCAGGGCCAGCGUGCGUGGGUGGUGACCUCAGCCGCCCACCGACCAGUCCAUCCACUUCCGUAGUAUUUUUGCCUUUUGAACUGUAACGUCUGUAGCUCUAAACACUCACUAAGCAUUAACAACAUUAACAUAAACAACACACACACAAACACACCUUAACCUCCUUCAAUGUGACUUGUCUAUUAAAAUUGCAUCAGAUGCGAGUAUUACGAGUAUCAAACAUAUAUACACACAUAGAGAUUUUCCCUCUGAUAUAAGCGAUUUAAGCGACUUAAGCGAACUACGUGCACUAGCCUUUUGAAGCCGGAGGAGGAGAGCAAAAGCAACCAUUUUUACCAAUAUACAUGUACAAGUACAAGUACGAGUACCAUACAAUAAUUAUCUAUAUCUAUCUAUCGAUCGAUCGGUAUACACAAUUAACCAAUUAACGUGGAACUAAACCAAACGAGAAAUGAGAAGAACAAGUAAAUUGAAAUGAUUCCUGCCCUCCAUUCGUAUUAAAAAACCAUUGAAACUAACUCAACAACUUUUUAUAGCAUAUAUAUACUAUGGAUAGCAUUGAUUUUUUGUGAGAAUGGAUAUACAUAACAUUAGUUUAGCCCCUUCGGGAAGGCCAUAAGCCGCAUCUAUUGGCUCAUCCGUUGCUUAUAGCGAGAGUUUGCAGCACUUUUCCUACCCAAAGCCAACCUGACCUAGCUCCCCCGUUCUCAAGUCCUUAAUAAAGCUAUGCAUUACUGCAAUCUUGAUACCUAGUA